AUGGAGGAAACUAGUCGCUUACUGUCUAUGAUAGCUACACCAACCAGGGGCCUAGUCUUUGCCAAUGAUAAAAGACUACAAGAUGCACAACUACAAAGAAUUCAACAUAGGAAUGCUAACUGCAAAAAGCAAAGGGAUUUCUUAUGCGAAAAGAGAAGAUGCCAAAAGGAGGCAGAAAAUUUGCUCACCCAUAUUCCUGAGGGGAACAUAUAUCAUCCAGAGUCAGAGAUACCACCAAUUUUAGAUGUUCUUUGUAUGGGUUGCCCGACAUGCAAUGCAGAUAUAGUUGCAUGUACAUCAGCUACAGGAGCAUUUAUGGAGUGCCCGGACUGCAAUGUCCUCCACCUUGAGUGCUACAGUACUUUAGAGGAUUAUGUAUCCUCUGAUGAUGGAUUUCAGACCAUAGAUUACCUGAUGAAUGAAGAACCAUAUGUCCCACUGAGUACAGAGCCAUAUAUCUUGUCAGACGUAGAGUCAUACAUUCUGCUGCAUGUAGGGACAAUACCAUCCUGGAUUCCCGUCGAUGUGGAAAUAAGGGAGCAUCCUCUACAGCCGCUGAUCAUCAAUCGAUCUCUGGGUGGCAGGGAUUUUGAUGAUGUUCUGUUCAAAUACUUUGCUGCCAAGUUCAAGGAUGAAUAUAAAAUUGAUGUUUUUCAGAAUGCUCGUGCGCGCCUUAGGCUCAGUGCAGCGUGCGAGAAGCUGAAGAAAAUGCUUAGUGCGAACCCUGAAGCGCCAUUGAAUAUUGAAUGCUUGAUGGAUGAGAAAGAUGUUAGGGGGUUUAUUAAGAGAGAGGAGUUUGAGAAGAUUAGUGCUUCGAUACUGGAGCGUGUUAAGGGUCCUCUUGUGAAUGCUCUUCAGGAAGCUGGUUUGACGGUGGAGAACAUUCAUUCUGUUGAGGUUGUUGGAUCGGGAUCUCGUGUACCAGCUAUUAUUAAAAUUUUGACCGAGUUCUUUGGCAAGGAGCCAAGGCGCACACUGAAUGCUAGUGAAUGUGUUGCUCGUGGUUGUGCCCUUCAAUGUGCAAUUUUGAGCCCUACCUUCAAAGUUCGGGAGUUUCAGGUGCAUGAGAGUUUUCCCUUCACAGUUGCCCUGUCAUGGAAAGGUUCAAAUAAUGACUCGCAGAAUGAAGCAUUAGAUGCUCAGCAAAGUGUAGUUGUUUUUCCCAAAGGGAACCCUAUUCCUAGUGUCAAGGCUCUUACGUUUAUUAGAUCAAAUACGUUCUCGGUUGACAUCACAUAUGCCAGUGUCAAUGAUAAUUUUCUGCCUCCCAAGAUCAGCACAUAUACGGUAUGA